AUGGACGCCACAGUGAUCGUGAAGGGGAACAAGCUGUACGUCCUGGUGGGAAGCGUCAAUAAGACACGAAACUCCUGGACGCAGCACCGUGAUGGGAGCGACUGGGAACCGCUUCUCGUCGUUGGUGAGGUCAAGAAGUCCGCUGUGAACGGCAAGACAACCGCAACUAUCAGUUGGGGGAAGCCUGUGUCUCUGAAGCCAAUGUUUCCAGCAGAGUUUGAAGGAAUCCUCACGAAGGAGUUCCUUGGCGGUGUGGGCGCUGCCAUAGUGGCGUCCAAUGGGAACCUUGUUUAUCCUGUGCAAAUUGCGGACAUGAGGGGACGAGUUUUCACCAAGAUCAUGUACUCAGAGGACGAUGGCACCACGUGGAAGUUUGCGGAGGGCAGGAGCAAGUUUGGCUGCUCUGAACCUGCAGUCCUCGAGUGGGAAGGGAAACUCAUCAUAAACAAUCGUGUUGACGGGAACCGUCGCUUGGUGUACGAGUCGAGCGACAUGGGGAAGACGUGGGUGGAGGCUCUCGGUACACUGUCGCACGUGUGGACCAACUCACCAACAUCGAACCAGCAGGACUGUCAGAGCAGCUUUGUUGCUGUGACGAUCGAAGGGAAGCGUGUGAUGCUCUUCACCCACCCGCUGAACCUCAAGGGGCGAUGGAUGCGCGACCGCCUGCACCUUUGGAUGACGGACAAUCAGCGCAUUUUUGACGUUGGGCAAAUAUCCAUUGGCGAUGAAAAUUCUGGCUACAGCUCUGUCCUGUACAAGGAUGAUAAGCUGUAUUCUCUGCACGAGAUCAACACCAACGACGUGUACAGCCUUGUCUUUGUGCGCUUGGUUGGCGAGGUGCAGCUCAUGAAGUCCGUGGUUCGGACCUGGAAGGAGGAGGACAACCACCUCUCCAGCAUUUGCACCCCUGUUGUUCCUGCCACUCCGCCGUCAGAGGGCGGCUGUGGCGCCGCUGUUCCCACCGCAGGCCUUGUUGGCUUUUUGUCUCACCGUGCCAAUGGGAGCGUCUGGGAGGACGUGUACCGCUGCGUCAACGCAAACGUGACCAAUGCGGAGGGGGUUCCCAACGGUUUGAAGUUCAAUGGGGUCGGUGGAGGGGCGGUUUGGCCGGUGGCUCGGCAGGGGCAGACCCGACGGUACCAGUUCGCAAACUACCGGUUCACGUUGGUGGCGACGGUAACGAUUGACGCGCUUCCGAAGGACGCGAGCCCUGUGCUGGGGGCGGGCCUGGAAGGCCCCGGCGACACCAAACUCCUGGGGCUGUCGUACGACAAGAAUCGCCAGUGGCAGCCACUGUACGGAGCAGCGCCGGUGUCGCCGACAGGAUCGUGGGAACUGCACAAGAAGUACCACGUGGUUCUUACGAUGGCGGACAGGCAGGGCUCUGUGUACGUUGAUGGCCGGCCUCUGGCGGGUUCGGGGAAUACCGUCGUGCGGGGCGCGACAUUGCCCGACAUCUCCCACUUCUACAUUGGCGGGCCUCAGAGUAAUGGUGCACCCACGGACAGCCGUGUGGCGGUGACCAACGUUCUUCUUUACAACCGUCAGCUGAGCGCCAGCAAAAUCAGGACCCUGUUCUUGAGCCAAGACAUGAUUGGCACGAAUGGCGACGCUGGCAAUGUCGCUUAG